ACCUAGGCUGGAGUGAGCCCAGCGAGGAGCUCGGAGCCGUCGUCCCGCUCUCUCUCUCUCUCUCUCUCGCCGUCCUGCUUCGUCGCGAUCGCGGAUGGACCUUGCGAAGGAGGCGUCUUCUCUGCCCCGUCGCCGGAGCUGCCGGCCUGGCCGUCCCGCUUCUCCGCCUCGCUUGGCUGCGGACCCCUGCCUCCGUGGAUACCGCGACGCCCUGGGCUGCGGGCUCGCUCGCUUGGAUUACUUGGCUGCGCGAGUCGACUCGGCUUCCUGAGUCGCUGCCCACCCCCCACUCCGCACCCCGCUCCCCAACAAUGGAGAAGUCCCUAGGAGCCUCAGCUCAAAGUGGAGCCUCGUGGAUGCUGGGCAGGGCAAUGAGGUCCCCGUCCCUCUUCUUGGGUCUGGCCAUCUUCUCUCUUCUCCAAGUGGUGAUAGAGGCCAGCUCAUGGUGGUCUCUGGGCAUGAACCACAUGAAUCCUAUGAACCCUGUUCAGAUGCCAGAGGUAUACAUAAUCGGAGCCCAGCCAUUGUGCAGCCAGCUGGCGGGGCUUUCUCAAGGACAGAAGAAGCUCUGCCACUUGUACCAGGACCACAUGCAGUACAUUGGAGAGGGAGCAAAGACGGGGAUUAAGGAAUGCCAGUAUCAGUUCCGCCACAGACGAUGGAAUUGUAGCACUGUGGAUAAUAACUCUGUUUUUGGCAGAGUCAUGCAGAUAGGUAGCAGGGAGACUGCCUUCACUUAUGCUGUCAGUGCAGCUGGAGUGGUCAAUGCAAUGAGCCGGGCCUGCCGAGAGGGGGAGCUCUCUUCCUGUGGUUGCAGCAGGGCUGCCCGACCAAAAGAAUUACCUCGGGACUGGCUGUGGGGUGGCUGUGGGGACAACAUUGAGUAUGGCUAUCGCUUUGCCAAGGAAUUUGUGGACGCCCGCGAGCGAGAGAGAAUAUAUCAGAAAGGAUCUUAUGAGAGUUCUAGGAUCUUGAUGAAUCUGCAUAACAAUGAGGCGGGGAGAAGAACAGUGUAUAGCUUGGCAGACGUGGCCUGUAAAUGUCAUGGUGUGUCUGGAUCCUGCAGUUUGAAGACCUGUUGGCUACAGUUGGCGGACUUCCGCAAAGUUGGUGAUGCUCUGAAGGAGAAAUAUGAUAGCGCGGCAGCUAUGAAACUCAACACCCGGGGCAAGCUGGUGCAGGUGAACAGCCGCUUCAAUGCCCCAACCAUCCAUGAUCUUGUGUACAUUGAUCCCAGCCCAGACUACUGCGUGCGCAAUGAGAGCACUGGCUCCUUGGGCACGCAGGGCCGGCUCUGCAAUAAGACUUCCGAAGGCAUGGAUGGCUGUGAACUCAUGUGUUGUGGGCGAGGCUAUGACCAGUUCAAGACAGUGCAGACAGAACGCUGCCACUGCAAGUUCCAUUGGUGCUGCUAUGUGAAAUGCAAGAAGUGCACAGAAAUUGUGGAUCAGUUUGUCUGCAAAUAGGUGGGGUUGAGGGGGAGGAGCUCUUCCAGUCUACCAGCAGAGGUCACUAUCCUAAGAUGAUUUCCGCUCUUAUUUAUAGAGCCCAAUGGGUUGCUUUCCUUGUUUAUAUAUUAAAAAAAACAUUUUUUACAAAGAGAAGUGAUGGGAAAUGUUACUGCACCCGGCUAAGACUGUGCAUAGUUUUAUAUUUUUUGAAACAGUGGAGGAGAACCUGAGAGAAUAUUUAUUUUAUGCAACCAGAAUUAAGACUUAAAAUAAAAAAUAGAGUAGUUAAAGGGAAAUUCAGCCUAUCUUCAUAUAGUCUCAUGAAUAACACAGUACAUGUGCAGUAGAUAAGGUGUUUGCUUGGGUUUGGAGCAGGCCUGUAGCUACAGUGGGGCAUCUUGGGGCCCGCCCCCCGACUUACUACCAAGG